AAAGACGACCUCAACUGCUUCACCACAUUAUUCCAACCUGUCAUCUCUUGUCUUCACAUGGUUUUAAUAACCUUCUUCUCUUAUUUCUCCAUCCUCCAAUAUCCCACCGAUAAUCCAUUUCUCUUUCUUGGCUUAACCCAUCAUGACUGUUAAGAAAGUUGAGAUCAAGGUGGAUAUAAACUGUGGUAAAUGCAAUAACGCAAUUUUGGAAGCAGUCACGGAGAUAGAAGGUGUGAAUCAUAUUUCACUAGAUGAGGGGAAGAGCGUACUUACCGUGGUGGGGACAAUGGAUCCGGUCUGCGUUGCAUCACGUCUUAGGAAGAUUAAACAGAAACCUGUAAUCAUCAGCGUCGGACCACCACCUAAACCUCCUGAACCGCCAAAGCCUCCAGUAGUGCCUGAGCCACAAAAGCCUCCUCCACCAGCACCCGAACCACCAAAGCAUGUAUGCAAAUGCAAGCCUAUGUCUCCUUACCCACCUCCUUACUGCGCCAGAUGCGAUCUUGUAUCUGUUACUACCUAUGAAAGUGGAAGCGGCUGCACCAUUGUUUGAGUCUUGUAUUUCUUGCAUUAGUCACCGCUACUUUUACGUACCAUAUAUAUAAUAUAGUCUUCAUGUCAAGUCCUGUAAUCUAUAUGUUAACCAGGACUACUUUCUUAUAUAUGUAUGUUGUUGUUUCUCCCUCCUCUGUUUCUUACUAG